CCACCACUUCCUCCGCGCUGUCCCCUUUAUAUCUACCAUCCAGAUAAUUUCAUUUCCAUUUUAUUCUAUUUAAAUGAGACACUUGUAAAUAAAACUAAUUAAAACCCAAUUAGAAACUUCGAUAAAAGAUGUUUAACUCGAACGAGUUAUCCUUAUCGUGUUCGUUAAAUUAAUUCUAAACAUAUUCAAAUUCCUUCUAACAUGAUCCUCUCGCUUCUCUCUUCCUUUCUUCUGAGAAAGAAAGAAAGAAAGAAAGAAAGAAGAAAAAAACAAGGAGGAAAAAAAAAGAGAGAGAGAGAGAGAGAAAAGAAAAAGCCAGAAGAAAGAAAAAGAUAUUCAAUAUUACGGCGUCGAGAGAGACGCGUCAAGGAUAAAAUUUCGUAAGUUUCUAUUCAAAGCGAUAAAUUUUCGAAAUAAAGACUCUUCGAAUAUCAAGAAGACUCAUGGAGAAAAGUAGAAGCUUCGAUCGGUCCUCUUCUUCUUGGAAAGAGAUCAAGAAAGUGGAGUACGCGAGAUGGCACACGUUCUUUCUCUCUCUCUCUCUCUCUCUUGCGAGUAUAUACAUUAUAUGUGUGUAUGCGCGUGCGUGUGUGUAUAUAUGUAAGUACCUUCUUCUUGCUGUACCAGAAGAUCUAUCGAGGAUCGAGAGAUCGUCUGACCGGUGACAGUAGCGGCAGCUUGAUAUUCGUCCGACGCGCGCCACGGAGUCCGGCUGACUCGAUCGUUCUCCCUCCGUAGUUCGUAAUGAUUUCUCGUGGCGUGGUGGGACGAUACCGGAAGUGAAGUCAGAAUGGCGGAACCAGACGUUCACUCAAUGGAAAGUUAGACUUCUUUCAGUACGCUCGAGAAGUGGUCACAUUGUUCUUCGAUCUUGAGGGAUCUUUUGGGGUUUUAAGGGAAAAAAACGAAAUAAAAAGGAAACAAGAAAAGAGGAAAAGAAAGGAGAAAAAAGAAGAAAGAAAUAAAUCGAAAUUAUAUCCUCGAAAUCUUGUCGGAUUGGAGAAAAAUUGUGUUCGGAUAUAUAUUUAACGCAUCGUUUCGUUCUCUCUUUCACGAGGCGCGAAAAGUGAUAAGGAGAAGCUCGCGUGCUCUCGAGCGAGUGCGAAGGAUCCGUUUGUAAGGAGGGUGAGAGUGGGGGGAGGAAGAGGAGAUCCAUACGUGGUUCAUGAAACCACCCUUCAGAGAUGGUCAGCCAACACGCGAUGGCCACUACCGUUCGCAAAGUAAAGCAGGAGAAUCGUCUUAGGCGACAGAAUCAGAAUCAAGAUGAGGAGGGACCUUACAAGGCAAUACCACCACCGAAACCGGUGCCGAACAAUCAGAAGAAACAGAACGGGCAGCAGUGGGACGAUCGGCGAGCGGUAGCCUUAGCACAUCCGCAAGUACCAACUUCCGGUACAGAAAGAAGAGACGCGAAUCACGUUGGAACAGAGAUCCGAAAUUCCGGGCAAAUUCCUUUUGCACCGGAAUACAGGAUGCCACCGCUCUACGGAGAGGAACAGAGUUCGAGUCAGGCUCAACAGGCGGCCAGUUUGCAGACUCACAGUAGCAAGUUUCCGAUAGAAAGAGAGGUGGUCCUGUCAUCAGGGGAUAAGAAUUCAAAGAUUCCCAUUCUUCACGAGUACAAACAGAGGACUGCCGGAAGAGUAGCGAUCGCACCGGAUGCUCCUAUCAAGCAGCAGGCUUGGGUACAAGAGGCGAAUCAAAUGCACGAAGUGAGGCAAGAAGCUCAAGCGAGGAACUAUCAAUCGCAAGAAUCGUCAUUAUCGACCACGAGUGGAACGGUCGUAAGAUCGACAAAGAUAGACGAAGAGAAAUCCAAGUCCUUGUCAAGGACCUAUCAUACCAUCAAGGACAUGAUAUCCAGUCGAUUUGGUCAGAAUCGCAAGGACGUCGAACCAGAACCGGAAGCGAGUUUGAACAACGCCGCUGACGAGCUAAGGAAACCUAGUAAGAGUAUCGAGGAGGAAGAAGCGAAAAAGAAGGAAGCCAUUUACGGGAAACCUCGUGCUCAAGAACCUCCUGUCAACAUGCAGCAGUAUCCUAAAAACGCUUACGGUCAAUACGGGCAUUCGUACAGUUACCAGAGCAAUCAACAAAACGUACCACUACCUGGUCAACUUCAGCCGAACUUACCGGGACAGAGCGCACAGCUUCACGUAACCCAUCACGCUCCGGUUAGUGGAGUACAGACGGUUCAUCAAACUCAACUACCUUCUUUCGGUCAAUCAACGCCAGGUGGUCAACAGGUGCAAAAUGUCGCCAGAGAUUACGUUGUUCAAGGGACAGUCGAAUUGACGAAUCAACAAUCACAUCAAGGACUUCAUUCGAAUCCUUCUCAGGGACAGGGCCAGAAUAGCACGGUGCAGAAACAGCAGCAGCAACAGCACGGACUACCGAUGCAACAACAACAGCAACAACAGCAACAGCAGCAACAACAACAGCAACAACAGCCACAACAACAACAACAACAACAACAACAACAACAACAACAACAAGUAGGAAACAGUAUGCAGCACAUGAGUCAACCGUACCAAAGCACCCAACAAUUAAUGCAUCAGAACCAAAAUCAUCACCAAAGUCCACGAUUCGCGCAACAGCACGCUCAGAACAUGCACCAACGUCAGUUGAUUCAGCAGAUGCAUCAGCAACAAAUGGCGGGGCAACAGCAAGGCGGUGCGAGAAGUGCUCAACCACAACCACAACCACAACCACAACCACAACAACAACAACAACAACAGGCAUAUUUCUCAAACAGUGUAUCGUACCAACAAUAUCAACAAGCUAGACAGGCUAUGUCCAGGUCGCAAAUCGAUCUACCGAGUACCUCUAGACAAACUCAAGAGUUAAGGAUAUCCAGUCAAGAGGUAUAUUAUCAUUAUGCUCAAGGGAGGCCAAGGUACGGUGUACCACAAGUCUACAUGAAGUCGGAAACCAAUCAAGAGGUCGAAUUUCAAAGGCGAAAUUCAGCGAAGGGAAUAGAGAAGGCAGCCUCUCAACCUCAGCUCUCUUAUGAAGAGGAGCGAGCUAUUAGCGAAGCAUCGAGAAAUCCGGUGGUCGAUGGACUGAAGAAUCACACGAUGGAUCCAUUGGACAAGGAGAAGUACGAGAUAACCGUUGAAGAUCGAGGACAGAACGAGUUUGGUAGGAAUGGUUCCCAAAGAAAAGAGGAUUAUAGGCCGGAAACUAGCUUUGGUAUACAUAGGGACGAAAUGAUAAGAUCCUCGACGAGAGAUCACGAACAUUCUGGGGUUAAUAUUAUUCAACAGGAGAGUCAAGAUUCGCCGGAGAAUAUAUCAGUUCAAAAGAGGAUCGAGGAAUUGCAAAGGAGAACCGAACACGAUAAUAACCAUUCGAUUGUUGGUAAAAUAUCGAAAGAAUCUGAUAUGGAAGCAACGAGGAUCGGAGCCAGUUCCAAAACUUUAGGGUUGGACGUUUCGAAGAGACUAGAAGCUGGUUCCUCCUAUUCGGGAAAAGAUUCUGCCACGAAAUCUGACAGUCGAAAGGAUGAACUGGAACAGGGUAUCGCUCGACUUAAGAUUCAAAAUCAAGGAUCUGGUUCGGAUUACGAUAAAGCCGGUCAGAGUUCUUCGAACGUCGAUUCUGGAAGGGGUUCUGCGGUUUAUUCCAGUGGAAGGCGACCACCUCCUGAGGAUCGAAAUUUGACGCAAGCGCAAGACUCCGAAUGGGUCGAUAUAGUGGAAUCCGAAUUGAGGAGCAUUUUAGAACCAAGAGACGUUCCAGCGAUGGCACACUCGACUCUAUCCGAAAGUGUAUCGUCCGUGACACCGCCUUUACCGCCUCUAUCACCCCAUGAAAGCCCACGGACGCCAAGAAAUCGAUACUCGGCGAGCUUGCCUUACGGUUCCAAGCCGAGUUACGGUGAUUAUGGCAAAGCAAUGGAAAAGAGAGGGUUCCUAAGCAGUUCGAAACAUCGCGGUGCUUCUACAUCGAAAAAGGAUUCGAAUAAAAAGUUCUCUCAUCUUUUUGACUGGGAAGUUGCUGAUCUGACGUCUACGACGACCGGACUUGAUUUGGAUUCGAUGCUGGACCGCAGUGAUUCCGAUCUUAGUACCAACGACGCUAGAACGAUCAGGAAGCAAUUGGAAGGCUUGGAAAAUAUGUAUAGCGAGGUAUUGAAACUGUUGGGUGGUAGUGUUAAGAAGAGACGAAAGACGAGAGGUUUGACCAGUUACGGUUCCGUUUCUUCGUUACCAACGUCAUCGGUAUCUUCUAGACCAGUUACGAGACAUCACGAUAAACGUAGAUCGCAUAUGAUUGAUGAUCGUAUGAAAAAAGCCAAAGACAUCAAGAGUAUCAACAAAAGAUUUCAACUGUUGGAGUCUCACGUGGUGACGUUGGCACGUUCGGUGGCACAUCUCAGCUCGGAGAUGAGAACACAGCACAUGAUGAUGCAGGAAAUGGAGAACAUAAGGGGGGAAAUCGCGGCACUUCGAACCCAAACGAGCAUGGCGAUGGUGAGAUCGCAGUCGCAGCCGUUGAUAAAGGACUCCGAAUUACCGGCUCUGUCCAAUCCGUCGAGGGUGAAAAAACUGACCAAGUUUUUCGGAACGGAACCACCCCUUAUCAGACUCUUCCUCAGGGAACUUGGGUAUGAGAAAUACGCGAGUGCCUUCGAGAAGGAGAAGGUCGGUAUGGUGGAGUUGCCCUACUUGAGCGAGGAGAGAUUACAAAAAAUGGGAAUACCCUUGGGACCAAGGCUGAGAAUCCUACAGGAGGCAAGGAUAUCCGUGUGCAAGGACGCUGUUUACGUCGUAUGAAACGAUACGCCCUCUUUUAUCGCUUCGUCGAUAACGAGACCACUUUCAUUAUAUGAUGUUAUAUUUUUUUUUCUUCUCUCUUUCUCUUUCCUCUUUUUUAUUUUUUUAUUUUCUCUCGUUUAUUCAAUCCGACAGGUUUUAAAGCGUACCAAAAUGUACAUAGGAUCAAACGCACGUUUGUGCGUACCUCCGACUGAAAGGAUUAGCAUAUAGACUUUAAAUCGUACAGACCAUUUUUAUAUAAUAUUAUUCAUUUUGACGAUGGUAAUAAUAAUAAUUAUAAUAAUUAUUAUUAUAUUUAUUAUAAUUAUUUUAUUAUUAUUAUUAUUAUUAUUAUUAUUAUUAUUAUUAUUAUUAUUAUUAUUAUUAUUAUUAUUUGCGUAUAUCACGUGUAUAGUACUUAAUAAGAAUAACAGCUGGUAAUGUUAAUAAAUGGUAAUAAUAUCUAUUAAUUUAAGCUAUUAUUAUAAAGUAGCGAUAGUAUCGAGCAAAUAAAGGGCUCGAUUAUUUUAAAAACAUAAGGGACAAGACCAGACCUGCCGCGUUAUUUUUAUAAUAUAUUAUAGUUAAAGUUUUCCAAACGCACAGCACGUAAGUAAUCUUGCGAGCUCAUCUUAUAAAUGAAGAUCCGCAAAUGUAUGUUUGCCAAAGAGAGACGUAUGACAUAUACGACAUAUAGCUAACGAAUAUUUGUAUUUUAUUAUUAUUAUUAUUAUUAUUAUUAUUAUUAUUAUUAUUAUUAUUAUUAUUAUUAUUAUUAUUAUUAUUAUUGUGUUGUUAAAUCUUGUAUUUAAUAAACGAUUCGAUAUAAGCUUUCUCAAGCAAAAGAUAUAGUCUCGUUCCUCGUUACAUCGAGUAUAUCUAUAGAUAUUUAUAGAUCGAACGAAACUCGAACCGAGUAUAGAAAUUCAAAGUUUGGCGGGAAAAGGUGGCUUUGACGGACCGACGAAGUUUCUACGUGACCAGGAAUCUUCUUCAAUUGAAUAAUCACGCGUUAACUGUGUUCCCUCAACGUGAACACCGCCGUUCCGUAAGUCGAGCAAAGUGAUCUGUUAUUAUGGCCCCUGACCUCGGGCAGAGAACGUAAUUGACGCCUCGACGAUCGUAAUUAUUUCGCUUAUGAUCAUCGACGGAUCGAUUUUAAUGACGUUGAGAAAACUACGUCGAUACGAAAGUAACAAUCGCAGUCUCGAAAACCAGACUCAUUUUUUCUCUUCUUCUUUUUUCCCUUUUUA